AUGGUGCCUCCAGUUGAGAUUUCUCCAGCCAACCCACUGUUGACUGUGACUGGUAGGGAAGGUAUCCUUUUUAAGUAUGAUUUUACUACCUACAAUCUUCACAUUGUCACUGCUUAUUCUGAAUUCAUUCAGAAAGAAGAUAUGGAAGAUAUAAAGAUUCAUUAUCCCAGGGUUGGAGCCAAAGCAUCAGGUAGCGAGUACUGCCACGGCUGGCUGGACGCGCAGGGCGUCUGGCGCCUCGGCUUCCAGUGCCCCGAGCGCUUCGACGGCGGCGACGCCACCAUCUGCUGCGGCAGCUGCGCCUUGCGGUACUGCUGUUCCAGCGCCGAGGCGCGCCUGGACCAGGGCGGCUGUGACAACGACCGCCAGCAGGGCGCGGGCGAGCCGGGCCGCGCCGACAAGGACGUUCCGGAUGGCUCAGCAGUCCCCAUCUACGUACCCUUCCUCAUCGUGGGCUCCGUCUUUGUCGCCUUUAUCAUCUUGGGGUCCCUCGUAGCAGCCUGUUGCUGCAGAUGUCUCCGGCCCAAGCAAGAACCCCAACAGAGCCGAGCCCCAGGGGGCACCCGGCUAAUGGAAACCAUCCCCAUGAUCCCCAGUGCCAGCACCUCCCGGGGUUCAUCCUCUCGCCAGUCAAGCACAGCUGCCAGUUCCAGUUCCAGUGCCAACUCAGGGGCCCGGGCACCCCCAACCAGGUCACAAACCAACUGCUGCUUACCGGAGGGGACCAUGAACAACGUGUAUGUCAACAUGCCCACGAAUUUCUCCGUGCUGAACUGUCAGCAGGCCACGCAGAUUGUGCCGCACCAAGGGCAGUACCUGCACCCCCCUUACGUGGGGUACACCGUGCAACAUGAUGCUGUGCCCAUGACGCCCGUGCCACCCUUCCUGGAUGGCCUGCAGCCGGGCUUCAGGCAGGUGCAGCCUCCCUUUCCCCAUGCCAACAGUGAGCAGAAGAUGUACCCCGCGGUGACCGUAUAGCCCGGUCUGCCACCUCACAUGGAUUCAUUGCUUUAGAAGACCAAGGGAAACUGGAAGAGAUUCUUGAGGUGGAAUUCUGCGCAUGUUGGUGAUUUUUUUUUUUUAAAUGGCAUUCUUCUUUCGGAUGGCUUCAUUUGCCCCUAACUUAUAUAAAAGCAUCUCUGAAUUAGCCUUGCCAGACUUGUGGUGUCCUGGUGUGUCCCUGAUUCAUGAUGGAAAAGCCACCACUGUUAGUUAUACAUGGCAGAUGCCUGAGCCUCAAAGCGCCGCUGAGGUGUGGUCAUCAGAAGAAUUUUCUAGACUGAUAGAUGAAGGGAUUUUUAUUAUGUUAUUAAUAAUAUUAUUAUUUCAUUUUACAAGAACAGAUACCUGUUACUCCUUCUUACCUGGGUCAUUAAAAAAAAAGCUUCGAUGGUUGAAGGGAGAAUAUAAAGAAUACAAUUAUUAUAAAGAAAGAAACCAAUUUGAACUUUAUGAGAUUGUCAAUUUGUAAUUCCAAAGGCACAUCUUAAUUUUAAGAAGAUAUAUUUUAUCUAUGUUUGUGUUUUGUUGGGGUCUAUUUUGUGCUUUAAAAACAUUUUUUUUACCUUAUGUAGAGAUCUUAUUACGAAAAUGAUUUUCUAAAGAGACAACUGACAUAGUUCCUUAAUUAAUGAGACAUUUUAGAAUUCUGGUAUUUUAAUCUUGGAGUAGA